AUGGCCAUGUCAAAUCCAAUGGCGAUAUUCGAGACGGCGCCUGCCCUCUCUGUGCUUGUUGCUAGCUUCCUGCCGCCCAUCGACCUCGGCACCUGGCGCCGCACGGCGCGCGCGGCCGCGGCGACGAGCCGCUCGGUGCCACGUCCAGCGCUGUGGGUGCUUGGCGGCACGGCGCCCCCGUCGCUGGCGAGCGUGGAGGGAUGGGAUGAGGAGGCAGAGAGGUGGGAGGUGCUGACACCACUGCCAGCCCGGCGCUAUGGCCAUUGCUGUGCCAUUUUGAAGUCGGACCUGUACCUGCUCGGCGGCGUCGGUGGCCCCCGGGAGGCCUUCCGCUGGAAUGGACAACGUUGGAUUGAGCUUCCAACCAUGCCGGUGCCCCGUGUGGACGCUGCAGCUGUCUCCUGGGCCUCUUAUCUCUACGUGCUGGGCGGCGCCGGCAACGCGAACGCCUCCAACCGGCCGCUGGCCCAUUGCAGCCGAUGGGCACCGCAGGCCGCCUCUUGGGAAUCGAUCCCCGCCAUGUCCUGUGGUCGUGCCGCCCUGGCGGCCGCGGCUCCGCUGGGCCGUGGCGUGGUGGCCACGGGCGGUGGCCCGGGCGAGCGCCGGUGCGAGCGCUUCGAUGAGACGGCCUGGUGCUGGAGACCGGCGCCCGCCAUGGCGCUAGGCCGGCAGGGCCAUGCGGCAGUGGCCGUGGAAGGUCACCUGGUGGUCCUGGGGGGCCGAGCUCAUGGGCGUCCCAGUGCUGCCGUGGAGAUUUGGUUGUCGAACGCGAAGGCUUGGGUGCCCUUGGCACCUUUGCAGCUGCGAAGGUGCAACCCUGCAGCUGCCGUCCUCUCUGGGCACAUCUACGUUUGCGGUGGCAAUGAUGGAGCGCGGUCCUUAAGCGCGGUCGAGCGCUUGGAUCUCACCGAGCUCGAUGCGCCGCUGUCCCGUCCCGUGGCGACGUGCCGAUGGGCAUGGCUUCCCAGCUUGCAGGUGGCGCGGAGUGCGGCGCAGGCAGUGGGCCCGUCCCACGGCACCAUGGAUGGACUUGAGAUCCAGUUGGGCUUCGCCACGGAACCGUCGACCUUUGCAGCACAGAACGUCCGAAAGACGCCCAACCGCGUGAGACGCAGCACAGCCCAAACGGCCGAGCCGCCGCGGCGCGGGGACGGAAACCGCGCUGGACUCGUCUCCGGACUCGGCCCGUCGGGGGCUGUGGAGUGGUGCGGAUGGACCUCGAGUCGUGGCUGGAUGCCCGGCUUGCCUCAGUCCGGCGGGGAACACUACCAUCCGGAGCUGGCGGUUGAGGAUGACGCGGAGGCGGAGGAGGAUGAGGACGAGAAGGGGGACGAGGAGGAGGCAUGCUUGGUGGUUUUCCUGUCCAUUCAUUUUGCCUUGGUUGGACAUGACUUGCAGUUGGUGUGCCGACGCCUGUGGCAGUGGCUCACCACCGCGGCAGAGUUGUCUGCGGAGGAGACGUUGAAGAAGCAGCGGACCUUGGAAGGCUUGCAAGAGAUCCGGCGGACCAGCUACGUGGUCUCUUGUCGCACCUUCGUCCACAUCACCGCAGGCAACUGUCUAGCACACGCAACCAUGUUGUUUUGGUCGAAGGACCCGCAUUUGAUCCCACAGGUGGGUAUCAUGGGCUUGGUGUACUUGCACCACUUGACCAUUGCGAGCGGAACGUGGCAGCCCAGCAUCAAGCACAUCCGGUGGUUUUCUUCGACGAUUUACCUUUGGUUCUUGGUCUACAUCCUGUGUACUCCCAGCACGUUAUCGCUCAACGAUUCAUUGACGACCAUGAAGUUCAUCAUUUGUAGUCGCUAUGUGAUGACGGUGGUCUUCAUGGACACCAAGGUGAGCGGGGUGUUUCAGUCCUUGGCCUCCUUGGCCGUGAUCUACGUGGAGGGAUCCGUGGAUGGUCGGAGCGUGGUUCAAGCCUUGCAAGAUGAGUGUCAGAUCCUUCUCUCGAUCAUCACCAUCUCCAUGUCCCUGGAGUAUUUUAUUCAAAAGCGCAUCGAGGCGCUUCUGGAGACUGCGGAUGCUGAGUCCAUGCUGAGCAGCUUCCGACGGAUGUUGAGAGGCCUUUGUGAUGGCGCUCUCUUGUUGGAUAGUGGCCUGCGGGUGCAGGGCAGCCCUGCAUGCUUAAAGCAUUUGCUGAUGACCACGACGAACUUGAAUGGCAAGGAUUUUCGAAGCUUCAUCCCGGAGGAUGAACAGCAAGCGUUUCAACACUUCCUCGAUGCCUCAGCGGAGAAUCACCAAAGCAGUCCGCCCGACGUGGCGCCCCCCUGCUUGCGCGUGUCCCUGCGGGGCGCCAUGAACUGCCGUACGGCGUGCGACAUCUUCCACGUGCCAAUGCCACUGGUGGGUGACACGUCCCAUCUGUUGGCACUCAGAGAAGAUAUCGAGAACACCGGGCGAGGGCCCCCGGAUGCGCCAGAGACCGAAGGUCCAGCUCCACUUCUACACGGCAGCUCCCUGAAGACGCCCAAGGAGUUUGACUCUGAUGAAAGGUCUAAGUCCAGCAGCUCCUCUGUGAGCUCACACCGCAAGAGCUUCGCUGGAGUGCUGCCCUUGGAGGACUUGGUGAUCAUGGUAGCGCCCAACACCUGGAGCGUGGAGCAAUUCCACGCCAGUCUUCGCUGCGAGGUUCCCAAUGGUCCCAGACUGCGGUCCUUCCUACGGCACUGGGACGAGGUGGAAAAGACCUUGAGCUGUUUUGCCACUAGCGACUUGACGUCCAUGGACACGAAGUUGAGCUUGCGGCUGUGUGGUCAUCACUUUACGACGUCAGCCAACAUUUCUCGCUUUGAAGUUCCCAGUGGCAAGACGAAGUUCCGUUUGCACAUGACCCGAUUCAGAUCGAGGUCGCAAGCAGGUAGACUUCAAGAAAUCCAUGAGUAGCGAAGUUCGUAGCGAACAGCUUCGAGUUUUCGCGAGCGGCUCCCACGGUCGACUGAGAGGUCACGCGGUCGACUGGGCAGGUGUGUCUGGUGGGUGCACUGGGUG